AUACAGUCUACUCCACAGUUACUGUAGUAUCAUGCAGUGCGCCGCUCAAUCUUAGUGCGAUUCCCGAGCUCAGGUCUCCGGUGUUCUUUUUAUUUAAAAGCAUUCCACAAAAGUUUCAAUUCAGUAGUGUUGUUCUCAGUUGUGAACCGGUUGACAUCAUGUUUGAACUCUUUUACGCGUGUUUGGCUAUUUUUAUGACGGCCACGAGGGGUCAAUUAUUGUAUACAGAUUAUCAAGAAGCUCAGAAGGUUAACGUGAGUAUUUUUUACGAAAGCUUGUGCCCCGAUAGUGUUAAAUUCAUCACAGCUAAAUUCUACCCUAUCUAUGGAUACUUGAGGCCACAUGUCAAUCUUCAUCUCGUACCUUUUGGUAAAGCUGAAGUAAUCUCAGAAAAAGAAUACAGAUGUCAGCACGGUCCCAGGGAAUGUCUAAGGAAUAGAUUACAAGCCUGCGUACUCUUAGGCCUUACAGAUCAAGACGAACAAAUCAAAUUCGUCGACUGUGCAAUGAAAAGUCCAGCUUUAGCAGAUUACGAACAAUGCGCAGGUUUCUUCGGAAUAGAUUGGACUUCGGUGCAAAAAUGCGCAACAGGAACUUUAGGUUACCAACUUAUGUUAGCUGCUCAAGCUGAAACUCGAGCUAAGACUGAUGGGCCAUCGUUCGUGCCAACUAUAGUUUACAAUGAUGUAUUUGAUAAAGAAGACAGCGACGAUUCUUUUUCCAACCCAUUGGAAGUUCUAUGCAGAAAAUUAACCGUUAAACCAGCCGUUUGUAAUGGAACUCAACAGUCCUCCUACAUUACGUACAUUUAAUCAACUCGAACUUCUUAUUGAAUAAAUUCAUCUCAUCAAAACGUGGCCAUUACGAUAUCAAAUUACAAUCAAUUUAUUUAUUACCAAAGCCAACCUCUUCCUUUUGUACUUUAUUUAUACACGAUAAAUAAAAAUUCUCAAUUUGUAAAAAAAAAACCAAACAAA